AUGGGGUUUCGAUCCAGCCCAGCCCGACCAUCCGUUUGUGCUUUGCUGACGGAACCCAAAUUAUCAGAGAUCGUUGUUCAUCUAACAUUCGCCUCUUCGUCACUUUCGAGAGCAAUACACGCUUUAAGGAAGACAAUAAGCCAUAACAAGCUCUCCAAUGCAAGAUUCCAGCAAUCCAUAUCCAGCACCCUUAAAAUAGUGACAAGAAAACACAAACUUCAUCCUUGGAAAUUCAUUAACGUCGAGCUAAAUUUCGAAGGGGCAGAAUAUAUACCAUUAAUUGACGAAAUACUGAAGGACAUUUUGAGAGAUUUUGCCUGUAAUUUGGGACAUUUCGAAGGAUGUCCUGUUUCCGUGGGUACUUCUCGGUUCCUGCCAGGUAGUGGCUCUUACGUUCGUGGAUUGGUGAAUCACGAUGAACUACUCCAUUACAUUCCUCGGCCUCGCAUAUUCAAUGGGUAUUCAAUUCGACAAGUAAACUCUACGGAACCUUCAAAUGCCAAUUCCACUCCCUGUAGCGAAGCUGAUGCAAAAAUUGCGCAAUUUACUUCAAUCGGUCUUCGAUUAAGUGGUAUUAAGCUACGUGGAGAUUGCCAUGAACCCUCAACAUCUGCGCAAGAAUCCAGUUCGGAUUCGACAUCAAACAAUGGCUCAGGGGAAAAGCCUCAUGUAAAAUCAGCUUUCUCCGAACUCUCUGAAGAGCUCAAUAGGCAAUCUCAACAGCUAAUACAGAAACCACUAAUACCUCAAAACAUGAGAGCAGCUGCUAAGGGACAGCUAGCAACUGAUGAGCAAACGAUGCAGGAUCACCAGAUGAGGAAGAUGCAGAUGCUGGCCAAUGAUAAGCAUUUCAACUAUCAAAUACCUACACACAUGACAGCCACUAUGAAGGACGAGCCUAUAGAAACUACUAACUCUAAUGAUUCAGAUGAAGGUGGAGUCUCAAUAUAUAUAAAACUAACCCCGGAUUGCUUUGAGGUGGUCAAAGACUGGGUAGAACAAGUUGAGACGGAACGAAAAGAUACCAAAAAGAAGUCAUGUUCAUACCCUUUGCAAAAUGACAACUCUGGUACAAUUUUUGAAUGGCCAUGGGUUCAAACCGAGCUAAAUGGAGCUUCGCAGUGCCCUGCCGUGGUAGAGAGCUUCAUUCUAGAAGUUGAUUCCAGACCAGACAGUGAGGAAGCAGCUUCUCCCAUUUCAGAAAGCAUUCUAUCCAAGGCAAGUCCGGAAAAAUUAGCUUCAGCUGGCGUCGGGAGCGUAACAAGUUUCGAGACUCCUUGUAAUGCUCUACUCGCAGCAGAUGUCAAAGAAUCAACUUCACCUAUUUCAAGAUGCCUUCCUCAUCUUCGUGGAGGAGAUGCUCCAAACAGAAACAGUUUCAAACAAUACUUAAAGAGAAUCACCGAGAGGACUUCCUAUCACAACUCUCAGCAUGAUGUAGAUCUUGGUUAUGGUGGUUCUAGCUUUGCCGCGGAAUUAUUUCCCGAGUACGAUCCAACGGUAGACUUGACGUAUCUAAGCGAUUGCGAUGGUAUCUAUCGGAUUGAUACAAUAUGCGGCAAUCGAGGCAAUGAUCCCCAUGACAGAUCUAUCGUCAAACUCAACCCUGAAGAUUUAACCCAAGGUAAUCGCCUCGAAAGCUCGAGCGCCGAAUCUCAAUCAGAAUACCAUUACGGCUCCACACAGAAUCUCGACAUCAGCAAUAGUUCUACGUAUUCAUACGCUGGCCCUGAAAUAAAUGAUUUGCAAUUCAGGGGAAAACCCAGAAAUACGGCUGAGAGUGUUUCGAUUAAUAGCCCAUCAAAGUCAGCAAAGGCUACCCACAAACGCGAUAAGUUGCGUGCUAUGGUGGAAAUUCCUCUGAAAUCUAUCAAAGAUAAAUUUUGUUGCGAGAAAUACAAGAAACAACCCUGGAACAAUAAGGCUGGAAAUAGUGAUGAGUACGAAGGUAGUGAAGAAAUUAGCGAUAAAUUUGAGAGGCCGUUAGAAACUAUGGAAGGAGAAGAAAGGGAAAAGGAAAGGGAAUCUUCGGGAGAAGAAUUUCAAAUAUAUGAGCGGUAUGCUGUACAUGCCGGAGCGGGCGGAGGCCCAUACUUGAAAAAAGCGUACCGGUAUCCAUGGCCGAAAUUUAAUAACCAUCUCAAAAUUGCGACAAAGAUAAAAGGGUUGGAGCCGAAUUCACAUGUUAUUAAAGGACUACUUUCUAAAGACUGCGCCGAGGAGCAUCACUCCAGCAGUCAUGAUAAAGAAUCGGAACCGACAGAGAUCCAUGAGUUGGGAUUCAAAGACGAGAUUCAAAAGAAAGAGAAUAGACUCAGUGUAAAGACAAGCUAUCGGCUGAUAACGCAUUCCAUCCUCAAGACAAAGGUUGCUAAGGGCAUAACACAAAAAAGAAGGAAUUUGGCACGAAUUGCUCAAAGCCAAUUGUUUUGUGACUCAUCGCCUGACUUCAAGCCCUACGGACCGACAGUAAUUCAUUUGACGAAUAUAACUCAGUUAAGAGGAGGGAGUGGGAACGAAACUGAGGCUAGAUUUUUUAAGAAAAACAGGCUGAGGUUCGCCCGAUUGUUAAGAAAUCGUUCAGAAAGUGAAGGGGCAGUAGCGGGACCUGCUCCAAUAGCGACGAGAAAUGAUAUACCUGGAAUAGAAGAUGGACUGCAAAGACAUCAUCGAGAUGACAGUGGUGUUUCAGGAAUGGGGGAUGAGCAAAGUCGAGAUAAAGAUGAAUCUGUGGAAAAUGAAACUCCACGACAAGUCGUCAACCUUUCAGAACAGGGAGCACAAACUAUUGAGACGGUUAGAGAGGUUGAUUCGGAUACUUCGGAGGAAACUGGAAAUGCAGCACAUUCCGAACAUGUUGAGCAUGUUGAAGAUAUUGAGUCUCCGAAGUCUUCCGAGCCUGAACGAGUUCCAAGACAACGACCUGAAAGGCAACAAGAAGAACAUGAGAUGGAACAUGAGACGCAACGGCGUUUCAGAAAUGAGCUUUUAGAUACAUUGUGGAAAUUUCUUUCUCUUAAAGAGGAAAUCUGGUUCAAGCGCAAUGCUAUCAUACGUGGCGCUCCUAGUUCUAAGCACAACUUCGAAGCACAGCUUACCGCCGAUGAGGUAAACGAUAUACGCCAAUAUGUACAGAACAGUUGCGAAAUGGUAGAUCUGAGCAACGAACCGCGCGAUGCCGUUACUUUCCCCAAUUUGGUUACACGCGCAAAUAAUCAUUUAUUAAGGGCACGCCGCGUGCGGGAAAUCUUUGAUAAUUGGUAUACAAGAGAGGGACAACAGCAAAGACAAGAUGUUUCUUCUCCUAACGCGCGUGAAGGAUCUUCGGAUACUGACAAACCCACUCAGGUUACGGCAAGAGAUGCGGGAGUCUUGGAUAAUUGGCCUUUUGCAGCAGCUCCAAGUGAGAAUUUUAGGCGUGAAAGAAAUACGAGCGAGACGGGUGCAGAUUUCCCAAGAACUUCUUCUGAUACUCAAUUAUUUCGUAGAAGGUCUUCACUAAUCUUAGCUCCACUUCCGGAUUUAUACCCAGCGCCUUACCCUGGUCAAGCAUUUCGGGGUGAAACACGUGGUGAAUCUUCAAGAAGCGGCGCUGGUGGAAACGAGGGCAGUAGCAUUACUGAGAAGAUAGACGUCUUGAGGGCUAAGAAUAACAUUGCUUCGAAAGCUUCACCCUAUGCAUCCAGUAUUAGUACUACGGAUAGUAAGGGAACUACGCAAGGCGGUAUGCCUAACUGUCAUGAACAAAACGAGGAUCAUGUAUACCAGGAGCCCAUUCCCGAAGAAAUCAUGCGGAGACUUCGAGACUUGGGAGCCUCGCGUGUUGAAGCUGUUAAUCUUCUCAACGCUACUGCUGGCAAUGCUGAUCGUGCGGCUCAAGUUCUGCAAGAGGAAAAUCCGCUCGAGCAGGAAGAUAUGAGGAAUUUGCUUGUGGAUCCGGAGAAUGAUCUGCAUCAGGUUGUGGUGGUGACGGGUGUUCCGCCCCGGAGAGCCUUUUUGGCUUUGCUUGUUAGUGAAAGUGAUGUUGGUGGGGCGAUUGAUCUUUUAACGGGUGAGGCGAUUGGUGCGACGAUGAAUGAUGAGAUGCCAAUUGAUGAGGUCAUUAGCGAAGAGGAUAGUGGAAAUGCAUCGAGUGGUAAUGAGAUGAAGAAAGAUAGGGAAGGAGAGGAGCGUGAGAAGAGUAGUAGUGAAGGGUCGGAUGUGGAAGUUGCUGAAACGGGGGAGGGAUUCGAGCCUCUUGCUAGCGAGACAGGAGAUAACGAGGGGGGAGAUGAGUUUCGGGAGGGUAAGAGUGAAAGAACGGAUGUUGACGCUGCUGAAUCGGAUGAGGAAUACCAGCCUCUUAUUGACAACACGGAGAACGACGAUGAGGAUGAUGUACACGAUGACGAAGAUAACAUAGACAAAGAUGGAUACGCUGACACAGAUGACAAUGAAGAUGAUAGUACAGGCGAGGUUCCCACUAUUGAGGUGGCGAUGGUACUUUCUUCUCGUAAAGGAAAAGAAAGAGCAGAGGGGUACAAUCUUUGA